UUUUUUUUUUUUUUCAUAUUGAAUAUAAAAAUGGGGUAUGUUAGAUAUAUGGAAUUAUAUUUCUCCCAUUUCGAACGUCUUGCUCAGCGCCAAAAAUCAAAAUAAGCAAUCAAAUGUCUACUUCUUCAUCUCUCAGCCGUGUGAAAGGCAUCUUUGCCGGAAAUGAAAGAGCAAUAAAUCAGAUCAUUACUUGUUCAAGACCCACCGAUCGAGCCCAAGCAAUUGUAGACUUUCAAAAAAUCAUCUGAAUGCCCCAAAUUCCGACUGAAUCGCCUCCAUUAUGAAAUCACCAUUCACCAACUUACCGAAGCCAAACACAAAUCCGGCAUUAUAGAUAUCAUAGAACAUCAAAAAAAAGUAUCCUGAUAUUCGUAACGAAGCCUUUGUUGCCCGUCUUAUUCUUCAAAAAAAAGUAUCCUGAUAUUCGUAACGAAGCCUUUGUUGCCCGUCUUAUUCUUCUUUAUGGCAGAGCGAAAAUGGAUCAUCAUGCACGUAAGCUGUUUGACGAAAUGCCUCAACUAAGUUGUCCGCGUACUGUCUUUUCCUUCAAUGUCCUACUGGAAGCAUAUCUUAAAUCAGAGAAAUAUGAUGAAAUCGGCGGCUUGUUUCGCGAAUUGCCCCCGAAAUUGUCAAUUGAGCCUGAUCUGGUGUCGUAUACCACUGCGAUUAAGGCACUGUGCACGGCUGGUUUGUUGGAUUCUGCUGUGUAUUUGAUGGAUGAGAUUGAAAAUCAUGGGAUUAAGCCGAAUAUUGUCACUUGUAACACGUUAUUAACCGCAUUUUAUGAAAGAAAAAGGUUUUCUGAAGCUGAAAGUUUGUGGGCUAUGAUGGAAAAGAGAAAUAUUAUCCCCGAUCUUUGCAGUCACAAUAUUAAAUUAAUUAGUUUGGUUAAAGCUAACGAGGUUUCAAAGGCGAUUCAGUUCUUCGAUGAGAUUGUUAACAAGGGUUUCAAACCGGAUAAUUUCAGUUACAGUGCUAUGAUAAAAAUGUAAGUUACAUAAGGGGAAUCUGGAGGAGGUCAACAUUUGGUAUGAGAAGAUGACGCAAAACGGAUGUCUUCCGGAUGUUUCAACAUUAACCAUACUUAUUAAUUUUGCUUGUAGCGCCAAAAAAAAAUCGAUUUUGCUCUGGAUUUGUGCAAGGAAGCAAUGAAGUCACGUAAAGCUAUUCAUAAUACAAUAAUGCAGAGGGUUGUCAAUUGUUUGGUUGAGCAUUCUAAGAUUGAAACUGCGAGAGAACUGGUUAAGUUGGCUCAGUCUUAUAAGAGCUUUCGGUAUGAGCUUUCCUUGACUUUGCAUAACUAGUUCUUUCAGCUACGUGAUUUGAUUGUUUACUUGAGCGAGGUGAAGUGAUGAAGGGUUUAAGGAAUGCUCGGAUACUCUAUACAAAAAAUUUAGCUUGUUGCAUUUAGGUUAAAGUAUGUGAAUGCAAGGAUUUUAUUGUUACACCCCAAGGUAGUUUUAGAAGUGAAAA